CAACAAUCCCCCCGUGAGGGAUUGUAUUCUUGCGAUAUUCUCAUCGUUCAUCUCUCAGCAUUGUGUUGUCCCCUCCAUCCCACCACACAUCCAUAUUUAAAAAAAGAAAUGGUCCUCGACCGUCUUCAGCAGUUGACCCUGCAUGUUAAUGCUACUUCUCCUCCUCCUCCUCAUCCCUUUGACCCUCUUACAACAACGGAGAUCGAUGCUGCCGUUGCCCGAGUCCGCAAGGAGCAUGGCAAGGUCAACUUUAAUGCAGUGACUCUAUAUGAGCCGCGAAAGGCCGAAAUGAUGGCCUGGCUGGCAAAUCCUGAGAAGGCUCCCCGUCCGACUCGCGCGGCCGAUAUCGUGGCCAUUGCUCCAGGUGGUAAGAUUUACGAUGGGAUUGUCGACCUGGACGCCAACAAGGUCAUUCAAUGGCAACAUACUCCUGGAGUGCAGCCUCUGAUUACGAUGGAGGAUCUGCAGGAAGUUGAGCACAUCGUCCGCAAGGACCCCAAAGUUAUUGAACAAUGCGAAAUUAUUGGCAUCCCCAAGGAAGAGAUGCACAAAGUUUACUGUGACCCCUGGACAAUCGGAUAUGAUGAGCGUUUUGGCACAGGUGUCCGCCUGCAGCAAGCUCUCAUGUACUACCGGCCUCACGUCGAUGAUUCCCAGUACACCUUCCCCCUGGAUUUCUGCCCGAUUUACAACGCAGAGACCAAGGAAAUCAUGCACAUUGAUAUCCCACUUGUCCGGCGUCCACUCAGCAAGGCUGCUCCUAACAACUACCACCCCGCCGCAGUUGAGAAGGACGGCGGCUAUAGGACAGAUAUCAAGCCCAUUCACAUCACUCAGCCCGAGGGCGUCUCCUUCGAGGUGAACGGGCGCAUUAUCGACUGGCAGAACUGGAGUAUCCAUGUGGGUUUCAACUACCGCGAAGGGAUUGUGCUCAAUAACAUCACCUUCAAUGACAAGGGCAAUGUCCGCCCAGUGUUCUACCGUCUUUCCCUUGCUGAGAUGGUUGUGCCAUACGGGAACCCCGAACAUCCUCACCAGCGAAAGCACGCCUUCGACUUGGGAGAAUAUGGCGGUGGUUACAUGACCAACAGCCUGUCCCUCGGCUGUGAUUGCAAGGGAGCAAUUCACUACAUGGACGCUGCCUUUGUCAACCGUGCAGGUGCUAGCACUAUUGUGAAGAAUGCGAUCUGUAUCCACGAGGAAGACGCUGGGAUCCUCUUCAAGCACACCGACUUCCGUGACGAGUCCAUGAUCGUCACUCGCGGCCGGAAGCUGAUCAUCUCCCAUAUCUUCACUGCGGCUAACUACGAAUACUGCGUCUACUGGAUCUUCCACCAGGAUGGGACUGUCCAGCUUGACAUCAAGCUGACUGGUAUCCUGAACACCUAUGCCAUGAACCCCGGCGAGGACACGCACGGCUGGGGCACCGAAGUCUACCCCGGUGUCAACGCCCACAACCACCAGCAUUUGUUCUGUCUCCGGAUCGACUCCAACAUUGACGGCCCAGACAACACCGUCUUCCAGGUCGACGCCACCCGCGGCCCGGGCGAGGUUGGAAGCGCCGAAAACAAGUACGGCAACGCUUUCUACGCCAAGAAGACCAAAUGCACCACUCCUCAGGAGGCCAUGUCCGACUACGACGGCUUCACCGGCCGCACCUGGGAAAUGGCAAAUACCAACAAGCUCAACCCAUACAGCAAGAAGCCCGUCUGCUACAAGCUGGUUAGCCGCGAGGUUCCCUCUCUGCUUCCCAAGGAGGGAGGUCUAGUCUGGAAGCGAGCCGGGUUCGCCAGGCACGCUGUCCACGUCACUAAAUAUUCCGACGACGAGAUCCAUCCCGCUGGCCGCCACGUUCCCCAAACCUCCGGCGAGCCCUCGGCAGGUCUACCGGCCUGGAUCGAAGCCGCCGGCCCCAACUGCUCCAUCGACAACACCGACAUCGUCCUCUGGCAUACCUUUGGACUCACCCACUUCCCCUCUCCGGAGGAUUACCCCAUUAUGCCCGCAGAGCCCAUGACGGUUCUGCUGCGCCCGCGCCACUUCUUCACCCGGAAUCCGGUGCUAGAUGUUCCUCCGAGUUUUGCCCGGACACCGUCCCAGAUUGCUGCAGGCAGUGGUGUUUGCGCAUGCAAGAAGGGCGACGGAUCCAGUGUACUGGUUUAGAUGGAUCUUUUUUUUUUGUUCCCUAGCGACGAAGGAGUUUACUUUCGAUGUUCAUAUAAUUGUCGAUGGGUGGACGAUGGCCUUGUGUAUAACGCGGCGUUUUUGAUUCCAGAGUUUCUCCGAUUUUCUUCGAUUUUUAUUAUUAUGAGUGUCUGUCCCAUUGUACUCCGUAUAUGCGUGUCCUAUUUAAUUGUAAAUGUGGAUUUCGUGUAUGUAGGUGGCGUGAUUUAUGAGUUACCCUCUAUCACAGUGCAGGUAUGUAAACUGAUGGAGGAUGCUCUGGUAUAUAUAAAUAUUUUACAAUAAGGGUUGAAAUAGACCUAGAAUAACCACACGUAAUACGUUUACAUUGUUGUAUAGGAAGGAUAGGAUAGAUAUCCUAUUCGUAUAUCAAACAUGAUGUCCUUG